UUCAUGACCUAUCACUAACACCUCCAACCACACUCCAUCUCAGCUUCCUAAUUAAGCUUAUUAACGCAGGGCUGAUGCUGAGGACACAGCUGGCUUCACGAGGCUGAGGUUCAACGUCGACAGUUCAACUGGCACCUGUCAGUUUACCACACGGGGCCCAUCGUUGGCUGAUGUAAGUUGGGUUGUCAGACAAGUGUAAUUCAGCCAACACUUGAGAAACCGACAGAUGCCACUUGGCCUUGGUCACUAUUAGCCAUCGGUUGGCGGAAGUGAAUCUAACCCAACAGCUCACAAACGCCAACAGCGCAGACAUGGCAGGGCUCAUCAGCCUUGUCCUUUUGGGCUUAUUAAUAGCCUACAUCGUCCUGAAGCCAUCAAGAUACAAUGGACACACCACAGGGAAGGGGGUGCCAGUUCACAUUCUGGUCCUUGGUGAUAUUGGGAGGAGUCCCCGCAUGACAUAUCAUGCCCUGAGCAUCGCCAAACAUGGAGGAAAAGUCAAGCUUAUAGGAUAUCUCGAAACCUCUCCUCACCCCGACAUCCUCACCAAUCCCAACAUCACCCUCAUCCCCCUCCCCACCCCUCCUUCCCGCCCUCCCUCUGUCCCCUUCUUACUAUUCGCCCCUAUCAAAGUCAUCUUCCAAAUCCUCCACCUCUCCUACCUCCUCCUCUACCUCCUCCCCCCCUCCGCCUGGCUUUUGGUCCAAACCCCCCCCUCCAUCCCCACCCUCGCCAUCGCCAGCCUCACCUCCUACCUCCGCAACUCCCACCUGAUAAUCGACUGGCACAACUACGGCUGGACAAUCCUCUCCUCCACCAAAGGACCCUCCCACCCCUUUGUCUCCCUCUCCAAAAUCUACGAAACCUACCUCGGUCGCUUAGGCUCUCACCACCUGACGGUGACGAACGCCAUGGCCCGCCAACUCCGCGCCGCCCCCUACAGCAUCCCCCCUCACAAACCCAUGAUCCCCGUCCACGACCGGCCCGCGGCAAUCUUCCAACCUAUCCUCUCCCCCGACGCUCGCAACGAAGCCCUAGACAAGAUAUUAUUCCCCUCCGGAAGGGAAUACUACCGCGCCCUGGUCUCGGGCAAGAUGAAGCUUCUUGUCUCGAGCACGUCCUGGACACCGGACGAGGAUUUCUCUCUUCUUCUCUCCGCCCUCACCAUGUACGCAGCCAGACCUGACGCGGUCCCAAUCCUGGCGCUCAUCACCGGGAAGGGACCGCAAAAAGAGUAUUAUGACGACAAGAUUGAUGCUCUGGUCAAGGAAGGGAAGCUACCUAACGUGAGGAUUGCCACUUUGUUUCUACCCUUUGAGGACUACGCCAGGUUGCUGGCAUGUGCUGAUCUGGGGGUUUGUCUGCAUAUGAGCUCUUCGGGGGUGGAUUUGCCGAUGAAGGUGGUGGACAUGUUUGGGGCUGGGCUGCCGGUGGUGGCGUAUGGGGGGUAUGAGAGUUUUGGGGAGCUGGUCAAGGAGGGGGUGAAUGGGAGGGGUUUUGAGACUGGGGAGGAGCUGGCGGGGGUGCUGGGGGAGUUGUUGAAGCCGGAGGGGGAGAACGAGUUGAAACACUUGAAGAAGGGGGCCGUGGAGGAGGGGAGGAGGAGGUGGGAUGAGGAGUGGGAUGGGACAGUGGGGAAGUUGAUGGGUUUCGUCGAGGAAAGUUCUUGAAAUUCCAAGGGCAGGAGAGGAAGAGUAUAUGAAUGGCUUGAUUGAACCGGUUUUCUCGCUUUGUGCUGUCUGGCUGCCAUUAACGCCAGCUAUUUCGCAAGAAAAUUAACAUCCCAACUUAAUCCUCUCCCAAACUCUCCCUAACACACUGCCUGACCCUUUUCCUAAACUCCCUACUCUUUCCCUCCCUCUCCUCCCUCAACAACACCGCCGCGUCCAAAUUCGCCGGACUCUCGUCAUUCGGAUCCUCAAACAAGCUAAUCACACUGAGCAAUAUCGACUCGGGGCUCUGCACCGGACUCCACCUCUCGCUAGCCUUUUCAUACCCCGAAAUGUCCUCUUCUGGGGGGUGCAAGAUCGAAAUACACAAUCUCCCGUCGGGAUAGAUGUUUGGGUGGAACGGGAUGGGUGACUGGAAGACGA